AUGGAUAAAACCCUGUGUGAACAGUUUGAUACAUUGAGAAACUAUUUACCCGAUGACUCAAGCAAUUCUACAACUAGUGAUAUUAAUAAUUUAGGGAAUUUUAUGAAUUAUUGCUCUAAUGGAGAAUCAAAGGGAAAAGAAUGUAAGAAUGAUCUUGAUAAUAUAAAUGCUGGAUGUUUAUGGUUGUUUGAGCAAUUGUUUGUGGAAAAUAAAAAAAAUAUCAGUACAGUUCAAUACAUUAUCAUAUGGUUAAGUUAUAAACUAAAUCAAAAGACGUAUAACGAAAUCACGGAUCUAAAUGAUUUUUACAAAAAAUAUAUAGAAAAUAAUACGCAUUAUACUAGUUGUAAACAAGGUGAUGUAGAUUGUAGUAAUUCAUUAAAUAGUAAUAUAGGUUAUCAAAAUUAUAAGGAAAUCAUAGAUAAAAAAAAGAAAUUGUUGGACAUUAAUAUUGAAAAUAUGUCUAAAUUUUAUGAAGCAUUUAAAUCAUUAUGUAACUUGUAUAAAAAACUUGGUGAUGACAGUAAAAAUUGCAAGAAUGAUUUGGAUGAUAAUAAUGAAUUUAUUAAAAAAUAUAAUGAACUUAAUAAUGUUUCUGAUAAUAUUAAAGAUGAAGUCUAUUGUCAAGUAUUGUCUACAUUAUUAAAUGAUUAUAAUAAUUUAAAAGAGUAUUGUGAUGAUAAUAGAGAUGAUAGUGACAAAAUUCCAUCCCCUACAUCGACAAAAACAAAAGAAACUGGUGUGCAAAGUUCUGAAUCGAGUUCUGAAGUUACAUCAUCAAGUUCGUCGAUAACAAACAAAUUAAUUCCAGUUUUAUCGAUAAUUGUUGCAAUACCAAUAUUCUUGGGAAUUUUUUAUAAGUAUUCGUUAUUUGGAUUUCGGAAACGAACCCCAAAACAACAUUUAAGAGAAAAACUAAAAAACUAA